GACCUGCAAUCAAGAAACCAACUAUUCAAGCCAUGAACGCAUCAGGCAAGCCGCUCAAGCUCAUGGGCGAAUUCCAGUGCGAAAUAUGCAUCAACGACAGAAGCACCCAAGGACGCUGUUUUGUAACAUCUACUGCCAACCUCAACCUCAUGGGCAUCGACUGGAUAGAAUUGUUCGGACUAUGGUCAAUUCCCAUCGACUCGGUCUGCAAUCAAAUCAAGAUGAAGUCGCUCGAUCAGCAAGUUCGUGAGUUCCGAGCAAAGCACUCAGAAGUAUUCAGUAAAUCUCUAGGACAUUGUAAGAAGUUGAAGGUAAAACUCUAUCUGAAAUCAAAUUCCAAACCAGUAUUCUGUCCAAAACGACCGGUUCCAUUCAACACUGUACCAUUGGUUGAUGCCGAACUCACACGGCUACAAUCAUUGGGCAUCAUUCAGCCGGUCGAUUUCUCUGAAUGGGCUGCUCCUAUCGUGGCGGUACGCAAACCAAACGGCCGAGUCCGCAUCUGUGCGGACUACUCGACUGGACUCAAUGAAGCGCUGGAAGCCAAUCAUUAUCCGCUUCCAACUCCGGAGGAAAUUUUCGCUCAACUCAACGGCAGCACCAUCUUCAGUAUCGUCGACCUUUCAGACGCUUACCUGCAACUCGAGGUAGAUGAUGAUUCCAAGAAGUUACUCACGAUUAACACCCAUCGUGGCUUGUUCCAGUUCAAUCGCCUAGCACCAGGGGUAAAAUCAGCGCCAGGAGCUUUCCAACGUCUGGUAGAUGCAAUGAUUGCCAACAUACCAGGAGUCCGUUCAUUUAUCGACGAUGUUAUCGUAUUCUCAAAGGACAUGGAGUCACAUUUGGCAUCACUCAACCAACUGUUCCAGCGGUUAAAGAAGUAUGGGUUCCAUGUCAAAGCUGAGAAAUGUAGUUUUUUUCAAUCACAACUCGGCUACUUGGGACACAUCGUGGACAAGCAAGGCAUCCAUCCUGAUCCCGAAAAGGUAAAAACAAUCGCUACAAUUCCACCACCAACCAACAUCUCCGAGCUCCGGUCGUACCUGGGUGCAGUCAACUUUUAUGGAAGAUUCGUGCGCAACUUACAAGCAUUGCGCCAUCCGAUGGACCAGCUCUUGAAGAAAGAAACAAAAUGGCGGUGGACCCCAGAAUGCCAGAGGGCUUUUGACCAGUUCAAGACAAUUCUCCAAUCAAAUUUACUUCUGACGCAUUACGAUCCCAAACUACCGAUUAUUGUGGCAGCAGACGCAUCCAGCAGUGGAAUUGGUGCAGUCAUAUUCCACCAAUUCCCCGAUGGUGCCAUGAAGGCCAUACAGCACGCAUCCAGAACACUUGCUCCAGCAGAAUGCAACUAUGGACAACCUGAAAAAGAAGCACUUGCGUUAGUUUAUGCAGUAACCAAGUUCCAUAAAUAUUUGCUCGGACGUCAUUUCACGCUGCUGACUGACCACAAACCGCUACUGUCCAUAUUCGGUUCCAAAAAGGGCAUUCCGUUGCAUACAGCAAACAGAUUACAACGUUGGGCCCUUACAAUGAUGAACUACGACUUCGAGAUUAAACACGUAUCCACGAACGACUUUGGUUGUGCAGAUGUGCUAUCCCGGCUGAUCGAUAAAACCAUCCAACCAGAAGAAGAAUAUGUCAUCGCAGCGCUCACCCUCGAGGAAGAUUUGUCAAGCAUUCUUUCCGAUGCAACGGAAAACGUUCCCGUCUCAUUUGCAGCAUUGAAGGAAGCAACAUCAACAAAUGCCACGCUUCAAACUGUUAUCAAGUACAUUCGUGACGGAUGGCCCGACUGCUCCAAGAAUCUCCCCACUGCUGUUCAACCAUAUUACAACAGACGAGAAUCACUCAGCAUAAUCGACGGUUGUGUAAUGUUUGGCGAUAGGGUCAUUGUUCCUGAGAUAUUCCGACGAAGAAUCCUGCGACAGUUCCACCGAGGUCAUUCCGGAAUGGUACGUAUGAAAGCAAUAUCGAGGAGCUUCGUAUACUGGCCCGGUAUUGACAACGACAUCGAGGACUACGUGAAACACUGCACACCAUGCUCAAAAACAGCCAAAACUCCUACUAAAACAACAUUAGAAUCGUGGCCGAUUCCUGCCAAACCCUGGUCAAGGAUUCAUAUCGAUUACGCAGGACCUGUAGAUGGCGUAUAUUUUCUAAUAAUAGUCGAUCCAUACUCUAAGUGGCCUGAAGUACACUCAACGAGAUCAACGACAACCAAAACCACCAUCAAAAUACUUAACCAAACCUUUGCAACAUUCGGCAUUCCGGAGCUAAUCGUGUCCGACAAUGGCACUCAAUUUUCGAGCCAUGAAUUUCAAGCAUUCUGUACAAAUCAAGGCAUUCGUCAUAUCCGCAUCGCACCAUACCACCCACAAUCAAACGGGUUAGCCGAAAGAUUCGUGGAUACCCUGAAGAGAAGUCUUCGCAAAAUUCGGUCAGGAGGAGAAGCAUUGGAAGAAGCACUCAGCACCUUUUUGCACGUAUACCGUUCGACUCCAUCCAGCGACUUGAAUGGCAAAACUCCCGCUGAACUGAUGUUUGGAAGACCGCUUCGUACCGUAUUGUCAUUGCUCAAACCUACCGAACGUAACACAGGCUCCAUAUCAAGAGACAGGAAGAAGCAGAACAAUAUAUUCAACAAAAGCACGGCGCAGUCCAAAGCGGUUUCCAUCAAGGAGAUACUGUCUACGUCAAGAUUCAUCGUUUGA